UUCAAGGAUGAAAGUGCUUUUGAGGCUGGUCUUAUAAACGAGCUCCAUCUGUAUUUGAAUGACCGAGAUCUUCGCAAAAAAGCAGCAGAGUAUAGUCCAUUCCAAAAAUCUGUAUUUUCUACAACAAGCAAAGCAAGGCCGGAGUUCAGCCCUGCAUACAAUACGCGCGAGUGUGCUUCCAUUAUCAUGCAAGGCAUCAAUGUCGAGGCUGCUGUAUGGGUAACCAAAGCAAAUUUGUUGCGCCAGAAUUCCACAACAUUAAGACUUCAGCUUGAAUUUCCCGGAUCUUCAGCUGUAAAUGAUAUAUUUUCCCCUAUAUUCUAUCCCAAUGGAAUUCGCGAUGAUACAAAAUUGUUCAUAAAUGAUUUUCAACCGAAGGUGCAUAUUUCCUUGAUUAAUAUAUCUAUAUAG